AUGGCAACUUCGGCUCAAUUGUAUGCCAACUUGGUCUUGACUGACUGUCCACACACCGGAGGAGGUGGUGGAGAUCCCCACUUUGAAACGUGGACCGGACAUCAAAUCUAUGAUUACAUGGGAGCCUGUGACAUGCACUUGAUCCAAGCUCCUCACUUUGCUCCCGGCUUGCCCAUGACUGUGGAUGUCCGUACCAAGAUCUGUCCACGAAACUUCUACUCCUUCAUUGAGUCUGCUGUUGUGCAGAUUGGAGAUGAGACCCUGGAGGUUGGUUCCUUUGGGGAGUACCUGCUGAAUGGAGUGGAAGGGGCUGACAUGCCUGCCUCUAUUGCUGGGUUCGAGGUCAACGUAUUCAAUCCUAACAAGAACUUCCACAUCGUUGAGAUCUACCUUGGUGAAGGGAAGAAGUUUGGCAAUGAGAAGAUUGUUCUCCGUGCCUUCAAGGACAUGGUGACGGUGAGAAUUGAGUAUGCCAGUAAGGAACGCUUCCAUGGCAGCACUGGUAUGAUGGGAGAGUUUGAGACUGGAGUUGUAUUGGCUCGUGACGGUAUCACUCGCUUGGAGGAUCCUAUUGAAAUUGCCAACGAGUGGCAAGUCCGUGAUACCGACCAGAUGCUCUUUGAUUCUGUCAAUGGACCCCAGUACCCUGAAGCUUGUAUCUUGCCUGAUAUGAUUGCAGAACAAGCUGCACGUCGAUUGCGCGGAAACACUGUCUCCAAGGAAGCUGCUGAAAAAGCAUGUGCUCGUUGGUCCCAUGCCAGUCGUGCUGGAUGUGUCACGGAUGUCAUGGCCACUGGGGACUUGGAGUUGGCACAGGCUGGAGGAUUCUAG